UAAGCUUUUCCUCUCAGUUGAGUCUCCAAACACUAUUACACAAUUCAGAAUCCAAGGAGCAAAGGAGAACAAAAGAAAAAGGCUCGGAUUCUCUCCCUGUAAUGAACCCUAAUUCCUCUCCAAUCGAAAUCUAGAAGUCGAUGAUGGCGGUGUCCGUACAGCAACCGCUGAGCCAUCUAUGGGACACGGUGCUCCAGCUCACCAAGUCCGCUCAGGACAAGAACAGCGACCCCCGGGCUGUUCGACGCAGCACCGCCCUAAACUCGGCCGGCGUGGCCUUGCCCUCCGUCGAGCUCGCGCACCUCCUCGUCUCCCACAUCUGCUGGGCCAAUCACGUGCCCAUCACGUGGAAGUUCCUCGAGAAGGCCUUGACCGUCAAGAUCGUCCCUCCCAUGCUUGUUCUUGCUCUGCUCUCUACCAAGGUUGUUCCAAAUCGGCAACUUCACCCUACAGCAUAUAGACUUUACAUGGAACUUCUUAAGAGACAUACAUUUUUAUUUGCUUCACAAUUGAAUGGACCAAAUUGUCAAAAGAUCAUAAAAUCCAUUGAUGAUGUUCUGCAUCUUUCCCUGCUGUAUGGCCUUCAAGUGGGUGAACCUGGAGUUGUUGUUGUUGAGUUUGUCUUUUCGAUCAUGUGGCAGUUACUUGAUGCAUCAUUAGAUGAUGAAGGUUUGCUGGAACUUACCCCAGAUAAGAAGUCUAGAUGGUUUACCAGGCCAGAAGAUAUGGAAAUAGAUGGUCAUGAUUGCUUUAAUGAGAAGAGAAGUGAGCAAAAUGAAGGCUUGCAGAAAGCAAAUACUGCAAUGGCUAUUGAGAUAAUUGUAGAGUUUCUGCAAAACAAAGUAACUUCAAGGAUUUUGUGCCUGACACGCCGAAAUUUGCCAUCACAUUGGGGAGGUUUCAUUCAGAAAAUGCAAGUGCUUGCAGCAAACUCAUCAGUUUUGAGGACUUUGAAACAUAUAACUCCAGAGUCCCUUCUGCAGUUGACAUCUGAUACACGUCGACUUCUGACUCGGGAAUGCAAAAUCAUUUCACGGCAAGAUUUUCAUGCAGUAUUGUCUUCUGGGUCUCUGAGGUCUUCUGCUAGUCAAUCUCACGGAGUGAGUUCAUCUGCUUUUUGGCUUCCCAUUGAUCUGUUUCUGGAAGAUGCUAUGGAUGGAUCAGAAGUAGCAAUAAUUAGUGCCGUUGAAACCCUUACUGGUUUAGUAAAGGCUCUGCAGGCAGUUAAUAGCACCACAUGGCACAAUGCAUUUUUAGGUUUAUGGAUUGCAGCCCUUCGACUUGUUCAGAGAGAAAGGGAUCCCAGAGAAGGACCUGUCCCUCGUCUUGAUACCUGCUUAUGCAUGUUGUUGUCUAUUACGACACUUGCAGUGACUAAUAUUAUUGAAGAAGAGGAAGCUCAGCUGAUGGAGGAAAUCGAAGGGGAUCGUACUAACCAAAGAAAGGAACAAGCUCCAGGAAAGCGUCGCGAGGGUUUAAUUAUGUGCUUACAGCGGUUGGGUGAUUAUGAGUCCUUAUUGACUCCACCUCAGUCUGUUUGUUCGGUGGUCAAUCAAGCUGCAGCCAAGGCUAUAAUGUACAGAUCAGGCCUUACAGUCAGUAAUGGAUACUAUGAAUCUGUUAGUGUGAAUGACGUGCCAAUAAAUUGCAUGGGAAACUUACGGCAUCUGAUUGUUGAGGCUUGUAUUGCUCGGAAUCUCCUCGACACAUCAGCAUAUUUCUGGCCAGGCUAUGUGAGUGCACGUAACAGCCAAGUACUACGUAAUAUGCCUGGGCAAGUGCCUGGGCAAGUGCCUGGUUGGUCUUCGAUAAUGAAGGGGUCACCUCUAACUCCAUCAUUGGUUAAUGCUUUGGUUGCCACUCCUGCUUCUAGCUUAGCAGAGAUCGAGAAAUUAUAUGAGAUUGCAGUCAAUGGUUCAGAUGAGGAGAAGAUAUCUGCUGUUACCAUCCUUUGUGGGGCUUCUCUUAUUCGUGGAUGGAAUAUACAGGAGCACAUCUGUCUUUUCAUUAUAAAUUUGCUGUCGCCUCCGGUUCCUGCAGAUUACUCAGGGAGCGAUAGCCAUUUGAUCAGCUAUGCUUCAUUCUUUAAUGUUCUUCUGGUUGGGGUAUCAUCUAUAGAUACUGUACAGAUUUUCUCCUUACUUGGAUUGGUUCCGCUACUUGCAGCUGCGUUGAUGCCCAUUUGCGAAGUUUUUGGGUCAAGUGUUCCCAAUAUCUCAUGGACCCCUACAACAGGGGAAGAACUCUCAUGCCAUGCAGUGUUCGCAAAUGCUUUUACACUUCUAUUGAGGUUAUGGAGAUUUGAUCAUCCACCUCUUGAUCACAUGAUGGGGGACUUGCCAACUGUGGGAAACCAAGUUGGUCCAGAAUACCUAUUGGUGCUUCGAAACUCUCGAUUAGCAUCCCUUGGUAAUUCUCCCAUGGAUCGAAUCAAAAGCAGAAGAGUUUCCAAAUUUAUAACCUUCCCUUCCGAAACCAUUACCAUGGAUCGCUUUCCAAAAUUGAAACUCUGGUACCAGCAGCAUCAAAAAUGUAUUUGUUCCACCCUCUCUGGGCUUGUACCUGGGACUCCUGUUCAUCAGAUUGUUGAUGCACUCCUAACCAUGAUGUUUAGAAAAAUAAAUAGAAGUAGUCAGCCUUUGACUCCUGCGACUUCAGGUAGUAGUAAUUCAUCUGCGUCGGGAACGGAUGACUCCUCUAUUAGACUCAAGGUGCCAGCGUGGGAUAUCCUCGAAGCAACUCCAUUUGUGCUUGAUGCUGCUCUUACUGCUUGUGCCCAUGGAAGACUUUCUCCCCGUGAACUGGCUACAGGACUGAAGGAGCUUGCUGAUUAUCUUCCAGCAACUUUGGCAACCAUUGUAAGCUAUUUUUCAGCAGAAGUAACAAGGGGAAUAUGGAAGCCAGCUUGUAUGAAUGGAACUGAUUGGCCAAGCCCUGCUGCAAAUUUAUCACUUGUUGAGCAGCAGAUAAAAAAAAUCCUAGCUGCUACUGGUGUUGAUGUUCCUAGCCUUGCAGUAGGUGGGAGCGCUCCAGCUACGCUUCCCUUACCAUUUGCUGCCCUUGUUAGUCUCACGAUAACUUAUAAACUUGAUAGAGCCUCUGAGCGUGCCCUAACCCUGAUUGGGCCAGCACUGAAUUCCCUAGCUGCUGGUUGCCCUUGGCCAUGCAUGCCCAUCCUAGCCUCAUUGUGGGCCCAGAAGGUAAAGCGCUGGAGUGACUACCUUGUGUUUACUGCGUCUCAAACUGUGUUCCACCACAAUGGUGAUGCAGUGGUCCAGCUUCUCAAGAGCUGCUUUACAUCCACUCUCGGGCUAAGUUCCACCCGCGCUUACAGUAAUGGCAGCGUGGGUGCCCUCCUUGGCCAUGGCUUUGGUUCCCAUUUCUCUGGUGGGAUCUCUCCUGUUGCCCCCGGAAUUCUUUACCUACGUGUGCAUCGGUCCGUCAGGGAUGUAAUGUUCAUGACAGAAGAGGUGCUCUCUCUUUUAAUGUUCUCCGUUCGAGACAUUGCAAGUUGUGGGUUGCCCAGAGAUAGAGUGGACAGAUUGAAGAAGACCAAGCAUGGGAUGAGAUAUGGCCAGGUUUCUCUUGCCGCGGCAAUGGCACGAGUCAGGAUCGCAGCUACACUUGGAGCCACUUUAGUUUGGAUAUCUGGUGGGUCUAGUUUAGUUCAGUCCUUGAUCAAAGAAACUCUACCUUCUUGGUUCAUCUCCACGCAUGGUUUGGAUCAGGAAGGCAGAGAAUCUGGAGGCAUGGUUGCCAUGCUGGGUGGCUAUGCCCUUGCAUAUUUUGCAGUGCUGUGCGGGACAUUCGCUUGGGGUGUGGACUCGGUGACGCUGGCAUCAAAGCGGCGGCCAAAAGUUCUUGGGGCGCAUUUAGAAUUUCUGGCUAGCGCACUGGAUGGGAAAAUAUCACUGGGUUGUGAUUGGGCCAUGUGGCGGGCAUAUGUAUCCGGGUUUGUGAGCUUGAUGGUGGCUUGCACGCAGAAAUGGGUGCUGGAAGUUGAUGUGGAAGUGUUGAAGAGGCUGAGCAAGGAGCUUAGGCGGUUGAAUGAGGAGGAAUUGGCUCUGGCCCUGCUGGGGCUUGGCGGGGUAGGGGCCAUGGGCGCAGCAGCUGAGCUAGCCAUUGAAUGCGAGGUUUAAGAAGACGACUGACUGGCUGGCUGGCUUGUGUAUGUCGUCUUGUAUGAUAUCCUUCUUGAGAUGUAGAGAUUGGGAUUAUAUAACUAUAUAUAAGAUUAUUUUUUGGGAGAAAAUGUAGCUUAUUCAUGUAAAUUUCAAGCAGGAUUUUUCUUUUGGAAAAAAAAUAAUUAAUAAUUUGUUUU